AAAUAAAUCGAGAGAUUAUGACGAAGGCUUUUCUUCCAUCUACAUGGUUCGUUCUCCUUUGUACAAACCUUGCUCAGUAGUCAGUUUCAUCCCCCACCUCUCUUUCUCUGCCCUUUUCUUCUCUCUCUCUUCUCUCUCUCUCUCCAAUUAUUCUAUCCUCUCAAAAUAAUAUCAAAAACAAAACCAUUCCAGUUUCAGUUUCACUGUUUCAGUUUCAGCUUUAAAAUGCUCCUCCCUCCACUUCUCAAACCCCAUGUCUUUUUCACCCAAAUGUUGCACAUAGUGGUCAUCAAGCUCUAAGCGCAAGUGGCAUUUUUUCCUUAUGGAUUUUGGGGUUGUGGGUUUGGAAGGGUUUGGGGGUUCAGACAUUGGCUUUGGUUCAGAUCAGGAGGCAAAGAACAGGCGGUACGGAUCUGGGUUCCAGAAGCAGGAGAGAUCUGGGACCGUUGAUGAAGAACAUUGGAGGAGCUCAAAACAGGUCAAAAGUAGUGAUGAUUUUUCAGCACCCAAGAAAAUGCUGCAGCUCAACACUGGUAUGAUGAGCACUAAUUCCACCAACUUUGAUGGGCAGCAGUUACUGAGCUUCUCUAGCUCAUCCAAAUUAGAAGCUCAAAAUGCCUCAUUGCCUAGCUACUUUCAACAAGCGGUGUCUGCUUACCAUAAAAAUUCAGGUAACAACCAUAGUGGGAGCUUAAAUGGGGCUACAGUGCAUUGGACUAUAGCAGGAGGCAGAGGACCAUUCACUCCUUCACAAUGGAUGGAGCUAGAACACCAGGCCUUGAUCUACAAAUACAUCACUGCAAAUGUACCUAUACCAUCUAAUCUGCUCAUCCCAAUAAAAAAGGCCUUGGAUUCUGCUGGGUUAUUUUCACCAGGACUCAGAUCCAAUACAUUGGGAUGGGGUUCUAUCCAUUUGGGAUACUCCAACAGUACCGAUCCUGAGCCAGGGAGGUGCCGUAGGACAGAUGGGAAGAAAUGGCGGUGCUGGAGAGACGCUGUACCUGACCAAAAAUAUUGUGAGCGGCACAUCAACAGAGGCCGCCAUCGUUCAAGAAAGCCUGUGGAAGGUCAAACCGGCCAGUCCGUUACCGGUACCGGUACCGCCACCGCCACCGCCACCCCCACUGCCUCAAAGCAGCUUAUGCCUGGUGGAGGUGGAACCAGCAACCUCGCUAUUGCCAACCAACAGCUCAAGAGUUUGCAGCCCGCUGCUGCUGCAUCUAAUUCUUCUGCACCCACUCAGAUGAGCAGGAUGUUCAUGAACAAAGAUAGUGUGAGUGAGAGAAUGCAACAUUCUCCAAACCUCUCCAUGUUGUCCAAGGAAAACACAUUCUUGAAUCAGAAACAGCAACUCGGGAUUGAGGAAUCCUUAAGAUCUGAGUUUGGGGUGGUCACCUCCGAUGCCCUCCUCAACCCUUCACAGAAAAGGUCCUCGAGUUCAAUGAUGAGCUGUGGUAACUUUGGUGCUGUUCAAGAGACAGAUUCACAACAUUCCCUUCGCCACUUCAUUGAUGAUUGGCCUAAAAACCCAUCUGAUCGCCCAGCUGUUGUUGCCUGGCCUGACCAACUCGAUAUCCAAUCAGACAGGACUCAGUUAUCCAUUUCCAUCCCUAAGACAGGUUCCCCGGACUUUAUACCAUCCACUUCCUCUACCAACAAUGGGAAGCUCACUUUCUCCCCACUCAGAAUGUCUCAUGAGCUUGACUCAGUUCCAAUGGGUUUAGGAGUAAGCAGCUGUAUGGAGCAACACAAGAAACAAGCAAACUGGAUUCCAAUCACCUGGGAGCCUUCACUUGGUGGUCCUCUGGGAGAGGUUCUGCACCAUACCAAUAUCAAUGCAGCAGAAUGCAAGAAGUCUUCAGUGCUUAACCUUAUGACCGAGGGCUGGGAUAACAACAGUCCUCCAUCUUUAGGGUCUUCUCCAACUGGGGUCUUGCAGAGGACUGCAUUCGGGUCUGUGUCUAGCAGUGCAGGGAGUAGUCCAAGAGCAGAGAAUAGGAGUACUCAUGAAGGGGCUAGCCAUUGCAAUGAGCUUCUUAUGUUUCCUGCCUUGUAAGUUUGUAACCAUAUGAACAGGAAGGAUGAGUUAUCUUUGUGUUCCUUUUUAUAUGUGUACUGCCGAGCAUAAUAGUCACAGUCGAUUGGUAGCCUGGUUGUUUUCUUGAACUUGUUGUGAAAUUGCAAACUUUGAGGUUAUCACUUA